ACCCAUUAUGGCUUCCGUUAACAGCAGCAGGCUGCGCCGCUCUGAUUCACUGUUUGACGUUAUGUUCAGACGGAACAUCAUGCCGCACAAACUGUUUUUCCUUUCUACGUGUCUUUUUUUAUUUGCAGGCUCGUGUUUUUCCGACGAUGAUCAUGAAAUGGAGGAGUUUCUGAAGCGGGAGUUUUCGCUCUCCAAGCCUUACCAAGGUGUGGGAUCUUUAGGCUCCUCCCACUGGGAACUGAUGGGGGAUGCCAUGGUAACCACUGACCAGGUGCGACUCACACCUGACAUGCAGAGCAGACAGGGGGCGGUAUGGAGCCGCAUUCCAUGUCAUCUAAAGGACUGGGAGAUGCAGGUGCACUUUAAGGUUCACGGGCAAGGAAAGAAGAACCUGAAUGGUGACGGCCUGGCUAUCUGGUAUACCAAGGAGCGCAUGCAGAAAGGUCCUGUAUUUGGAAAUAUGGACAACUUUACUGGCCUGGGUGUGUUUGUGGACACGUAUCCCAAUGAGGAGAAGCACAUAGAGGCUCAGAAGAAGAGAUACACCCCCCGCACACAGAGGAUCUUCCCAUAUGUUAUUGCCAUGGUGGGGAACGGCAGCAUCAGCUACGACCAUGAGCGGGACGGUCGGCCCACCGAGCUCGGCGGCUGCAACGCCAUGGUGCGCAACCUCAAGCACGACACUUUCCUCUUCAUUCGAUACGUCCGCCGCAGACUGACGGUGAUGAUAGACAUCGAUGGUCAGCACGAGUGGAGGGACUGCUUGGAUAUACCUGGAGUGAGGCUUCCUCUGGGCUAUUAUUUUGGAGCGUCAGCAAUCACUGGAGAUCUGUCGGAUAACCAUGACAUCAUUUCCCUCAAACUUUACCAACUGACGGUGUUGCGAAGUAAAAAGGAGGAGGAGGAGGAAGAGCAGGAUGUAAUAACUAUCCCCAGUGUGGAAAACAUGGAGCUCCUCCGAUUGGUUCAGAGUGAAGAAGGGAUGAGCGGAAUAGCCAUUUUCUUCACUGUGCUCUUCUCUAUGCUGGGAUGCAUCUUCCUCAUCGUUAUCGGCAUGGUGGUCUACAGCCAGUGGAACGAGAGUCGGCGUAAGCGCUUCUACUGAGGAACGCCUCGACGGGCGCAGGGAAUGUGACAACUGCUGCGGGCCGCAGACCCAGCUGAGAUCAGAUGCAAAGUAAGACACUCCAACCGAUCGGUGGAGGAGUGGAGGUUGUGAAAACCUUGCUGACAAUGAAAUAUAAAAUAGGCAGAGACCAAGUACAGGUUCCCACUUGAACUCAAGAGAUGAACCUGAACCUGGUGGAGGAAUUUAAACUUUUCAAAGUUCAACUCAGCCUCAACAAAUCCACCUCUGUGAUUCUCACACACCAGACAUGAGCAGCCUUUAUGAUUCUAAUACAGGGAACCCAAAUUUAAUACCAUGUGUUGUUUAUCUUUAGUCAUGUUACAUUGUUUGUAGGGUUGCCCAAUAUAUCUCAUAUUUAUUUAUAUAUUUAUUUUACAAAAUCAAGCGUGCUAUGAUUAUUGCGAAGAACUGUUAAGAUUAUAAUAAAAGUGCUGUCUUUUUAGGGCUCUCCAUUAUGAUUCCUGCCUGAUUACUUAGUUCAAAUUUAAGGCACAAUGAUGAACAUUUUUCUUUUUAUGUUUACAAAUGCCUUUUUAUUAGAGUCCAUAAAGAUUUCACUAAUUGUAGUGCAUGAAGCCAACAUUAACAACACUUUAAAGGUGAUUCAAAACCUUCUUUAAAACAUGCUGAAACAUCGAACCUAAAACUUUGCUGGAAAGACUUUUUUUCUUUCCCCCAGAUAAAAAAAAUUAUUGUAUUUGUUUUAUCUUAUAUUGUAACAUCACUAGGCUUUCAUCGUAUUUGCAUCUUCAACCCCCCUCAGUGCUUUUCAGAACUGGAGAAUGUAAUUUUUUUAGCCUACGUUAAUUGUUCACAUUGUUUACAUAUCAUGCCCUUAUCUCUGCAAAGUCAAACUGAUUUUAAGAUGUGCUAAAGAGUUUUAAAGGACAGGAAUGUUUUAUCUCUAUUUGCUUUUACCAAUAAUAAAUGCAGCUUCAUCCAAUUAUAAAAUCUCUCAGAAUUUACCUUUAAAUCUAUAUUAUUUGAGACUUCUCUUUGAUGAGAUCUUAUGAAGAUUUAAGAAUGUAAGCAGCCUUUAUGCUACUGACUUUUAUCUAUUUCCAAACACAAAGAUUACCUUUGUUCCUGUGUUGAAUAUCAUUGCUGUGAACUCGGCAUAUACACACACACUCUGGUUGAUGUAGAUCAUCUUUAUUUAUAUUUAUCUCAUAGUCAUGUGAUUCUGUUUUGUUGAAUUGUUAUUUAUAUUAUA